AUGGGUACACCGCAGAAGGAUGUUAUCAUUAAGUCAGAUGCACCUGACACCCUGUUACUGGAAAAGCAUGCAGAUUAUAUUGCAUCCUAUGGCUCAAAGAAAGAUGACUACGAAUAUUGCAUGUCUGAAUAUUUGAGAAUGAGUGGCAUCUAUUGGGGUUUGACCGUAAUGGAUCUCAUGGGACAACUACAUCGCAUGAACAGAGAAGAAAUUCUGACGUUUAUUAAGUCUUGUCAACAUGAGUGUGGUGGAAUAAGUGCUAGUAUUGGACAUGAUCCUCAUCUUUUGUAUACUCUUAGUGCUGUUCAGAUACUUACUCUCUAUGAUAGUAUUAAUGUUAUUGACAUAAAUAAAGUUGUGGAAUAUGUUCAGAGUCUACAGAAAGAAGAUGGUUCUUUUGCUGGAGAUAUUUGGGGAGAAAUUGAUACAAGAUUCUCUUUUUGUGCAGUGGCAACUUUGGCACUAUUGGGGAAGUUGGAUGCUAUUAAUGUGGAAAAGGCAAUUGAAUUUGUUUUAUCAUGUAUGAACUUUGAUGGUGGAUUUGGUUGCAGACCAGGUUCUGAAUCCCAUGCCGGGCAGAUCUAUUGUUGCACAGGAUUCUUGGCUAUUACUAGUCAGUUGCACCAAGUAAAUUCUGAUUUACUCGGUUGGUGGCUUUGUGAACGACAGCUUCCAUCAGGCGGACUCAAUGGAAGGCCAGAGAAGUUACCAGAUGUAUGCUAUUCAUGGUGGGUGUUGGCUUCCCUAAAGAUAAUUGGAAGGCUUCAUUGGAUUGAUAGAGAAAAACUCCGCAGUUUCAUCCUAGCAUGUCAAGAUGAAGAAACAGGAGGAUUUGCAGAUAGGCCAGGAGAUAUGGCAAAUCCUUUUCAUACUCUGUUUGGAAUUGCUGGAUUGUCACUUUUGGGAGAAGAACAGAUUAAACCUGUUAGCCCUGUUUUUUGCAUGCCUGAAGAAGUACUUCGGAGAGUGAAUGUUCAGCCUGAACUAGUGAGCUAG